UCAGUUUAAGGGGAUCUUCCUUGGCACUGGAGAAGGUGAAGGUGCUGCGAGUCACACAGCUCCCUCAUUCAUUCCCAGUGGGACUAUGGUGAGCCCGCUGUCUGACUUCCUGAUGUUCACAACUCGACUCCUGGUGAGAUCCUUCCUCUGGGCUCUAACGUACAGUUUCUGCGGGCUCUGUGCCUGCCUGGUCUCACUGAAAGUUUUGUGGCACAUAAUCAGGAAACCAGCAGAGACCUUCCAGUGGGCAGUUCGUGAGACGCUGCCUGCCUGCUUAAACGACACGUCCCUGGGCACACACUGCUAUGUGCGGAUUAAGGAGUCAGGAUUACGGUUCCACUAUGUUGCUGCUGGGGAAAGGGGCAAACCCCUUAUGCUAUUGCUGCAUGGAUUCCCGGAGUUCUGGUACUCUUGGCGUUAUCAGCUUCAAGAAUUUAAGAGUGAAUUCCGAGUGGUUGCAGUUGAUUUACGAGGAUACGGAGAGUCAGAUGCACCCAUUGGUCGAGAAAACUACCAGCUGGAUUGUUUGAUUACAGACGUGAAGGACAUUGUGGAGUCCCUCGGGUACAAGAGGUGUGUUUUGAUUGGCCAUGAUUGGGGUGGAUUAAUUGCUUGGUGUUCUGCUAUCUAUUAUCCUGAGAUGAUAAACAAGAUUGUAAUUUUGAACUGCCCACAUCCUACAGUUUUUUGUGAUUACAUCAUACGACAUCCCUCCCAACUGAUAAAGUCAAGUUACUUUUUCUUUUUCCAAGUGCCGUGGCUUCCUGAAUUUGUUCUUACAAUAAGUGAUUUCAAGGUGUUAAAGGACUUAUUCACAAGUCAGAGCACCGGCAUUAGGACAAAAGGCUGUAAGAUGACUGCGGAUGAGAUCGAAGCCUAUCUGUACAUCUUUUCUCAGCCUGGAGCCUUCUCUGGACCGCUCAGCUACUUCAGAAACAUAUUCAGUAGCCUUCCCUUGAAUCAGAAUGAAGUGAUGACGCCCACCUUGCUGCUGUGGGGAGAAAAGGAAGAAUUUCUGGAAUUCAGAAUGGCUGAGGUCACAAAGACCUAUGUGAAGAGCAGCUUCAGACUGAAUAUUGUGGCUGAAGCUGGUCACUGGCUUCAACAGGACCAGCCCGAAGUGGUUAAUAAUUUAAUUUGGGAAUUUUUAAAGGAGGUCGACCAGUAAAAUACGUUGUCACUGAUGAUAUGAUUUAAGAUAAGAUUUUGCAAUGGUUCCAGUGUGAAAAUUAAAUGUUCUUCUGUGUCGCUUAACUCUAACCAAUCCCCUUUACAUGUGCUGUCUGAAAUCUUUCAGUGGUGCUGAAUGAAAGUCUGCUUCUAAGGUUCGUACUUUAUUGAUGCACUAUUUAUUAAGCUGUGUGUAAUUCUGCUCAGUAACCAUUUAAAGCUGUGGUGUCCCUUUGUAAAAUGUGCAUUCAAGUUUAUAUGUAUGUUUUUAAUAUAUAUAUAAAAUAUAUAUAUGGAUAGAUAGAUAGAGAUCCCUGUGUGUAUCUAUGUGUGUAUAUAUAUUUAUAUAUAUAUAUAAAAAUACAUAAAUAUAAAACCAUGAUUUCUAAGUUACCAAUGACCACAUUUCUGUGUACUUGGAUUGACCAAAGGUUUGAAACAAAGAAUUAUCUGCCGAAGAAAGUAAUUGACAAGACAACAUAAAACUUCUUCAAGCUUUUCUGUUUUCAGUGUGGGUGCAAAGAAUGCAGGUAGGAGAUAUAAGGGAUGUGACAGCUUUAAAUCAAAAGAGGCCUGACAUUGUGAGAGACAGCAUUUUAGCAUAUUUAUUCCCAAAUCUUUGCACAUGAAAACACCAGCCUUAAGACUUGUAAUUAAGAAACAAUGAUGUCACCAUGUAAAUGACUGAUACAUGCUCCUUACUGUUUUCAUUUACAUGGUGGUGCCUUUCACUACCUUCGUAUGAAGAAAACAAGAGUGCCAUUUCUGAAAAUUUAAAUGGGAUUGUUUAUAUUUUGUAUUUAUAAGUUGUAUAGAUUGAUGUUUUUAUUGACAAAGAUUAUUUGUCGAAAAUUAUUUGGUCUCCAUGGCAAGUGUAUAUAUUCAUCCAUAGAAUAUUAAAAACAGAUUAUCUACCUGCUAUACUCCUAGAACGCUUUGGGAAUAUGAUUAUUGCUGAUUUUCUCAAUCGGAACAAAUUUGUGCAAUGCUCCAUCUGCUGGACCAAUUCAAAACAGACCAGCCUCACUUACAUGAAAUGGUAAAUGUAUGAAAGAUAACCUCAAGAUUUGAACCUAUGUUAUGGCCAGGGGCAAGAAUUUCCUGAGAUAGUUUUCUUGAUCAACCACUGCAACCUCAUUUUACACAUCUCCAAAAAAUGUCAGCUGAUAAUGAUGCAAUCAGUCUGGAAAAUCUGUUAGCUUCUGGGCAAAACAAUUUCAGGUUUUAUCUACAUCUGACUAGGUGAUUCCUGGCGUUCUUUUUGAGGGGGAGA